AUGAAUCCCUUAGAGGUGACAGUGGAGAUCCUGCCCUGUUCUUCAUAUAGGAUCAAGCAUCUUCCUGGAGGACCUUGGGCAGUGGCUAGGUGGAGUGCAGUUUUCAUUCCCACUCUCAUUUCCACUAUCAGAGACCAGGAAGAAGUCUGGGGUUGUAUCAAGUCAGAAGCAAUGUUCCAUGCUACUAUACAGGACACCUGGGAUGUCAUCUAUGAAGAUAUCCCCCAUACCAUUACAAAUGAUGAACCUGUUAUGGCUAUAGCUCUCCAACAGCUAUCAGAGUGGCGCAAUUGCAUUGGCACCAUAGCUGUCACAGUAUACACAAACUUCAUGUCAUUGCAAGGCAAUAUCAAGACUGAUGAAGAUUGCAAAGGAUUUUCCAAGAGCUUACUUGUCAAGCUAGUAUUCCUAUAUGGGAGCAUCACAGAGGAAGGGAAAUUGGAGAAACCUUUCAAGUCUGAGCUUAUCAUUCAGGUGGAACAUGCCAUCUGCCUUAUCACUUCCGAGACACUUGUCAGCAAAUUAGAGGUGAACAGUAAAGGCAAGGCCAUCAAGGACCCUCACUCUCUCAAUAAGUCCUCAGGCAAGAUCACAUGGGUCAUGGGUCAAGCCUCAAAUGUCAAACUUUGGCAGAAUUAUCCAAAACCCACAGAGAAGGCCAAGGAAUUCUUUCAUCAUGGUGACAAGCUCACCUCCAACAAGGCCAAACGAGCACCUGUUGCAGCUGCAAGUGACUCCGAACUUGAAGAAAGCUUAGGGCUAUCUAUCUCAAAAAAGGCUCCCAUUAGAAGCAAGAACUAUUCUGUUGUUGUUCAAAGCAAAGAUGAGGAGGAACUUAAUCACGAUGCUGACAUCGUCAAGAUUUCUGCACCAAUGUCCUCCAACACAAGUGCCCAGGCCAAUGAGUCUGAAAGUGAGACUGAGUGUCCCAAGGAGGAUUCUGAGGCUGAAAUGAAGUGCUUGAGCAAAGAAUGGCUCUCAUCUAUCUGCGGUAUAGGACCAGCAUUUGAGCCAGUGAAUUUUGUUGACCAUCUCAAGCAAACACCUGUACAUAAAUUAAAAUUUUGA